CGAACAUAGGGCAAAUUGUUGUGUUUGUUGUUUGUGUGUGUUCGUCGGUGCUUUAUUCGAACGUUCUCUGCAUAACAUGAAUUCUGUCAGAGUCGCGUGUAGCUCGCACAAAAGGCUGCAGCGUCUGUUCGAAGGCCGACGUAGGUAUGCGAAAACGAAAUUUCCUCCUGUGGUUACACCCCUUCUCCCGCCGGGAACCUUCGAUAACAAAGUCGCAUUCAUAACUGGCGGUGGCACCGGUAUAGGAAAAGGAAUGGCAAAAAUGCUCGCGAAGCUGGGAGCGAACGUAGCCAUUGUCAGCAGGAAGCAAGAUGUGUUGGACGCAACAGCCAAGGAAAUCAGUGAUAAGACCCAUAGGAAGAUAUUACCUGUCGCGGCAGAUGUCAGGGACCCCGCAGCCAUUGCGGCUGCAGUUGACAGAUGUGAGCAGGAGCUUGGACUGCCAAAUAUUGUCAUCAACAACGCUGCAGGAAACUUCAUUAGUCCAACCGAGAAACUCUCGCCCAAUGCUUGGAAAACAAUUAUCGACAUUGUAUUGAAUGGAACGGCCUUCGUUACGCUAGAGAUCGGAAAGCGACUCAUCAAAGCGGACCUUGGUGCCAAUUUCUUAGCGAUUUCUGCUACGUACACUAACUUUGGGUCUGGCUUUGUUGCUCCGAGCUGUGCAGCGAAAAGUGGAGUUGAAGCCCUAACAAUGUCAUUGGCAUCAGAAUGGGGCAGGUACGGCAUGCGUUUCAACUGUAUUUCACCGGGUGUCGUCUAUACCAAGGGCGCCCAUAGCAGACUUGACCCUGAAGGAAUGUUUACCAAGACUGCAAUAGAGGGUCCAAUUGAGCGUGCCGGUGAGAUAGCCGAAGUGGCUAACCUUGCUGCGUACCUUGUGAGCGAUUACUCCAACUGGCUGACAGGAGAAGUUAUUCGAUUGGACGGCGGCCACCUCAAUUAUAUCGCGAGUGAUUUCAAUAAGCUGGUUAAUAUAGACGAAGAAAAAUGGGAAAUGCUGGAGGCUGCAAUCAGAAAUACCAAGGGCUCCUGAGACCAUAAUUAUUGCCGUUGACUGGUGUGCGUCAUUUUGUGGUGAUAUACAUCUACUGAUGAAUAUGAUUAGAACUUGUUUCAUAGGUUUUGAAAUGAAGCCAUCACUGUAUAAUGUACAGUAGACAUAUUGUCAGGGAGAGUACUUGCAACGACAAAAAAGGAUGGGCAGGUGCAAAGUGUUUUUGUUACCUUUCUCGGAUGGACGGACGGACGGACGGACAGACCUUCUCUCCUUCUGAGGUUCCUCCUUCGGUGUUCAAACAGUAUUCUAAAUAAACCUUUAACAUAUUUGA